AUGAACAGUUCGUGUAGCCAGCGUUGUCAGAAUAUCCUCCUGAAUAUCAACAGAUUUUUUGGGGUAUCUCCGAGUGGAAGAAGUGGAAUCCAUCGUUGGAUCCACUCUCUUUGGUGCCUGUUUUUGCUAUCAUAUGUCUGGGCAGGAAGCAUUUGGAAGUGUGUUGAAUUCAACUUGGAGAUGCCCACUAUCGAAAGAGUUCUUUACACGAUGGAGUUCCCGGGAAAUAUGUCACUUAUUGGUUUUCUGAUUUUUCAUGCCGUAGUCAACUGUUCCUCUGCCCAGAAAGCGGAGUUGCAGAUUCAUCGCUUGAUUAGAGGACAUGAUAGCAAAGCUAUUUGUGAUAUGUACAAGAAACAUGGUCAGAGGACUCUUCAUCUCAUGGUGUUAGCUACAGUUUUUCACGGUGUGUGUGUGCUGGUGGAUAUAGUCAACCAUGACUUUAUGUUUUGGACUUCUUGGCUUAGCAAUAGUGUCUUUAAUCUGCCUGCUAUAAUGUUGAGUCUGGGGCUACUCCAAUAUGCUCUUCCUGUACAUUUACUGCGACUUUUGCUGGAGCAGAUGAGGAAAUGCCUGGAGGAGUUGAAGUUGCGCCAGAGACCAGUUCUGGAAUUAACCAAAUUGGAUGCUCGAUAUGAGUCCGCUUUUGCUGUUCUAGUGGACGCAGGUGGUGGUUCCACGCAGUUGAUUGACGAAAUGCGAUCUAAGUGCAAUAUAAUUGACAUGCUCCACAAACAGUUGAUAUCUAAAUUUGGAAUCUUUUUUUUGCUAAACUUUGUCAAUUCUCUUGUCAGUGUUUGUAUGGAAAUGUACUUGGUUUUCAGCUUCUUUGAGAAUCCAGUAUGGGAAGAGACCACUUUGCUAAUCUACAGGUUUCUUUGGUUAACCAUGCAUGGCAGUCGUAUCUGGUUCAUUCUGUCUGUCAACGAGCAGAUCUUAGAAGAGAAAUGCAACCUUUGUCAGCUGCUAAAUGAGUUGGAGAUUUGCAGUUCCCAGCUACAAGUUUCCAUUAAUCGCUUUUUGCUGCAACUCGAGACGAGUUUGGUUCAACCCCUGGAAGCCUGUGGAAUCGUGACAUUGGAUACACUCAGUUUGGGCGGGUUUAUUGGGGUUCUGAUGGCCUUUGUUAUUUUUCUCAUACAAAUCGGACUGGGAAAUAAAUCGCUAAUGGGUGUUGCCCUCAACAGAUCCAGUUGGGUUUUUGUGUGA